AUGGAGGGUCUCAUCAAGGGGUUGGUCCACGUGGCCGUCGACGCCGUGGAGGACGCCGUGCGGGAGAGGGACCACGGCCGCGGCGGCGGCGACGACGACGAGGCGCCGAGGAGGAGGGCGCCCCAGCGCGCCGACCCGGACGCCGACGGGGAGGAGCAACGCGACGAGCGAUCGCGGUCGACGUGGGCCGAGGUCGUCUCCGAGCAGAAGGGCAGCGAUCCGGACGAGCGCCGGGACCAUCGGAAUGCAGGGCGGGACAAUCGUCAUGAGAGGAGGGAGGACGAAGGUUGGAAAAGGGUCGAUGGUCGGAACCAGCCGCAGCACCCCGCAGGCCGGCAGAACCAGUGCGAGGGGGAGGAAAGGUGGGAUGGCGGCAGCCGGCGCCCUCAGAAACAGCAGCAGGCACAAGGAUACGGGAAUCAGCAACAGGAAGAAGGGAGGAUAAAUGAUGGAAGUUGGCAGACCGUUGGUGAGAAAAAGCACCAUGGAAGACCACAGCAGUCUGAAGCAUGGAAUGGAUACAGAAAGCCACCAUCAGAACAAAAGUACUCUGAGGAUGUCGGUCAGAUUCACCAAGGACUCAAUGUAGAGCCCACCAGGGAGGAGCUGAAUAGCUUAUCGAAAGCCUGUAGCCGACUUUGGGAGCUCGAUAUGAACCGUCUCGUUCCUGGUAAGGACUACAGAAUCGACUGUGGCGAGGGGAAGAAAGUUUAUCAGAAGGGUGAUAUGGCAUCUGAAAGCUUGUUCAGCUGGCUAGGCGACGAUGUGCUAAGAAAACCCACCUACUCACGUUUCUGCGCACUUCUGGAUAACUACAACCCACACCAGGGGUACAAAGAAGUUGUUACCCAGCAGGAUAAGCACGAAGAAAUAGCUUUCGUUGAAGAGAUUGCCAGAACAGCGCCAAUUAAGUACUUACACCGGUACUUAGUGCAGAAGGGGGCUGUACCUCAGGACUAUGAGGACUUCAAGAGAAUGCUGACAUCCCUAUGGUUUGAUUUGUAUGGAAGAGGUGGCAACUCUAGCUGCUCUUCUGCCUUUGAGCAUGUAUUUGUUGGUGAGAUCAAAGGACGGGGACAAGGGGAGAAUGAGGUAUCAGGCUUCCAUAACUGGAUUCAGUUUUACCUGGAAGAAGCCAAGGGAAAUGUGGAUUACCAAGGUUAUAUAUUUCCAAGGCGCCGUGGUGAAUCACCUGAUUCAGAGACACAGCUGCUAACGGUUCAGUUUGAGUGGCAUGGUGUGCUGAAAUCAGUAUCCAGCACGUUGAUUGGUGUCAGUCCAGAGUUUGAGGUUGCACUCUACACAUCGUGCUUUUUUGUUGGAGGAGAAGAUAACCGCGUCGAUAUUGGCCCAUACAGUGUGAACAUCAAGUGCUACCGACUGGGGAACAACAAAAUUGGAUCAGCCUUUCCCAUUGCAGAGAACUGA